CUUCUUUCAAAACCUUUAAUUUGUAAUAAAUAAUAGAAAGAUGUCAUUCGAACAAUCACCAUUUUUCGAAACUGAUGAUGGUCACAAAUUCGAGGCUGAUAGUGAUGAUGAACAAUUAUUAUCCAACUCUCACAAGUCCACCCAUUUUUCAUCAUCUGAAGAUCGAUUCAUAAAGGACCACGAUUUGAAGGUCAGUGCCUUGGAAGCUCUUCAUUUGGGUAACCAUCAGGGUCCUUCUAUGACUAGAAAAAGUUCUGAUCCAGUUGCCCCUUCCAGUCCUAAUGUUCUUAAACGUAGACAAUCAAUCAUUGACUUCCCACAUGGUCAAGUGGGUCCACAAAGUAAAAUUCAUUACCACCCUCUGCCAUCUUCUGCCGCACACAACAAUAACCACACACAAAGCACACUUGCCAGUGCUAAUGCGUUACCAGAAGAAUAUCCAUCCGACGAAUUGAUUGAAUUAUAUCAAAAUGUUAAGGAUUGUCUUGAAAUGAGACAUAAAUAUUUGAAAAUUUCUCUUCAAGAUAAUGAAUUGGAAAAUCCUAAAAAUUCUGACAAUUGGAACAUUUAUCCACCACCUCCAUUGCCUACUUACAAGUCAAAGAACAGAUUCAAUCAAUUACCGGUUGAUCAUGAAGAUGAAGUUGAAUUUGAAUUCUCUAAAUGUGAGAUCCCAGAGAAAACUGUCGAUUAUGUGAUUGAAACAAACUGUGAUGAUAUUUUCCAAGUUAUUGAUCCUUCAACUGGUAAGCCAUUGGUAGAUGUUCCAAGUAUGCAUGAUUACUACUCAGAUCUCAACAAAAUCACCAAGAUUUCUUCUGAUGGACCUUCCAAAUCCUUUGCUUUCAAGAGAUUACAAUAUUUGGAGACCAAAUGGAAUUUGUAUUAUUUACUUAAUGAGUUUGAAGAAUCCAAACAAUCUAAAAAGAAUCCUCAUCGUGAUUUCUACAACGUUCGUAAAGUGGAUACUCACAUUCAUCAUUCCGCAUGUAUGAAUCAAAAGCAUUUGUUACGGUUCAUCAAGUACAAGUUGAAAACUGAACCUAAUGAACAAGUAAUUUUCAGAGAUGGUAAGAUUUUGACUCUUUCUGAGGUCUUUAAGUCAUUGAAUCUUACUGGAUAUGAUUUAUCUAUUGAUACUUUGGAUAUGCAUGCUCAUACUGAUACAUUCCAUCGUUUUGAUAAAUUUAACUUGAAAUAUAAUCCAAUUGGAGAAUCAAGAUUGAGAGAAAUUUUCUUGAAAACUGAUAAUUUUAUCAAUGGUAAAUAUUUAGCAGAACUUACAAAGCAAGUUUUUGAAGAUUUAGAAAGUUCCAAAUAUCAAAUGGUAGAGUUACGUAUUUCUAUCUAUGGUAGAUCUAUUUCCGAAUGGGAUAAACUUGCUAGUUGGAUCGUUGAUAAUAAGCUUUUCAGCCAUAAUGUUCGUUGGUUAAUUCAAGUUCCAAGAUUAUAUGACUUAUACAAGGGUAAUGGUAAUGUAAACAGUUUCCAAGAUAUCUUAACCAACUUGUUCAAACCAUUAUUUGAAGUCUCUAUUGAUCCAUCUAGUCACCCUAAAUUACAUGUAUUCUUACAAAGAGUGGUUGGAUUUGACUCAGUUGAUGAUGAAUCUAAACCAGAGAAAUUGCUUACAUCUAGAAAAUUCCCAAGAGCAAGUGAAUGGGAAUUCCCUCAAAAUCCUCCAUAUUCAUACUAUUUGUACUACUUGUAUGCUAACAUCACCUCAUUGAAUAGUUUGAGACAAAAGAAGAAGAUGAAUACAUUUUUACUUAGACCACAUUGUGGUGAAGCUGGUGAUCCAGAACAUCUUAUUAGUGCCUUUUUAACAUCUCACUCAAUUUCCCACGGUAUCUUAUUACGUAAGAUCCCAUUCAUUCAAUAUUUGUUUUACUUGGAUCAAAUUGGAUUGGCAAUGUCUCCUUUAUCAAACAAUGCACUUUUCUUAACUUAUGAUAAGAAUCCAUUCUACAAUUUCUUCAAAAAGGGUAUGAAUGUUUCAUUAUCUACUGACGAUCCAUUACAAUUUUCUUACACGAAGGAACCUUUAAUUGAAGAAUACUCAGUGGCUGCUCAAAUUUAUAAAUUAUCUGGGGUUGAUAUGUGUGAAUUAGCUCGUAAUUCUGUCAACCAAUCCGGAUGGGAAGCAGCCAUCAAAAAGCAUUGGCUUGGAAAGAAGUUUAUGAUGCGUGGAAUUGUAGGUAAUGACAUGGAAAAGACCAAUGUUCCUGACAUUAGAGUCAUGUAUAGAGAGGAAACAUUACAAAGUGAAUUAGAAUUGAUUGAGUAUUACACUAGAAUGAAAAAGUGAAUAGAUAAGAAAAAUAAAAAAAAACAC